UUACCCAAAACCGCCGUUUGUUAACGUAAUUCAACUUUAAAUUCGCAUUUACUCCUAAACCUCCAUCAUCAUUCUUCAGUUCAGACCAUUUACUUAAUAUUUGGGCAGCCAAAACAACCGAGCAGUUUGUUGUAGAGUCUGCUUCAACACGAUGCCUGAUACGUGACGUCUCUCGUAUGGAAUCCGCAUCGCCAAACUGCAUUUAAAAAAGUGUCUGCUAAAGGCUCCUAACAGUUAUCGGCAAGUUUUUUAUGGGAUAGGAGAAAUAAAUAGGGCAUUUCACAUAUUCACAAUAACAACGCUCGAUUUCGGCAUGCAUGCAAUGAGAUAAGAAGCACGUAUAUAAGUAGAAAUAAAACUUUGGUACACAAAUUGUCCUCUCUUUCCGGUUUUUUCGGUUCAGUAGCAUUCGCACUGAAACGCAAUGGCGGCACAUGAAACCGUGCGUUGUUAAGAUUUUGAGUUAAUUAACUGAUGAUUUGGAAGCAGAUAUUUAAGAAAUUCCAAUACUUUUCGAAUUGUAUCAAGUUGUUUUCUACCACUUAGACAGCCUUGGCCAUAGACAAGGUAAUAUUAACUCCCAAGAUUUUUGAAUGGAGUUUGGUAAGCAAAUCUCCAGCACGUAUCGGGGCAGGGCUUCCUAAAGUGUCGGUACAGACGAGGAAGCCCUCUCUGCCAAUUGCGAUGCACUGCUGCCACUGAGAAAACGCGCGAGGCCAAUUGUGACCUCCAAUAGCGGAAUUGUCUUUUAAGUUCGCUUCUAAUUGGACAAGUACCCAACAGAUGCCGUCAUUUCCCUCGUGGCGCCGCGUUUGUAUCAUUCAAUAGCGAUACCAGAACAAGUACGUCCAAUUAAAAUAGAGGAAUCGCACGACCAAUAAGAUUUUCCUCUUGCAACCACCGCUGUCACCGCAGCCAAUCGCGUGUCGGGAAACAGAGCUUGGGGCUCAACAGCUUGUUGUUCGCUUUGCAUCCCGAGCGAGAGGGGAAGCAGCCGCGUUCGCGUAUUGAUCCGUAAUCUUUCGAGCUGGACUCGCUCAAAUAGCCGCAAGGAUGAAGGCAGCAGAUGAGCCUGCCUACCUGACAGUGGGGACGGACGUUAGUGCCAAGUACAGAGGAGCGUUCUGCGAGGCCAAGAUCAAAACUGUUAAACGCAUGGUGAAAGUCAAGGUGACUCUGAAAGGUGAGAGUACAUCCCAGGUGGUGCAGGAUGACCAGGUCAGAGGACCUUUGAGGGUGGGCUCCACUGUGGAGGUGAAGACCAGUGAGGGUUUAUCCAGCGAGGCCGUCAUCAGUAAGCUGACAGACGCCAGCCUCUACACUGUGGUGUUUGAUGAUGGAGAUGAGAAGACUCUUCGUCGUACAUCCCUGUGUCUGAAGGGAGAGCGGCAUUUUGCAGAGAGUGAGACGCUGGACCAGCUGCCGUUGACAAACCCAGAGCAUUUUGGCACUCCAGUCAUCGGCAAGAAGUCAAACCGUGGCGGCCGGCGUUCAUCCCAGGCCGUUGCUGAUGAAGACAAUGAUACCUCGUCCAGUGAGGAUGAAGAGGAUGACAGGGGGCGGCUCAACGAUGAGUUGCUGGGGAAAGUCUGCAGCAUUGAGAGCGAGAAUGAACACGACAGCUGGUACCUGGCUCUGGUGGUAUCUCCGACCUGUAAUGAUGAGCUGAUGGUGAAGAAGGAUCAGUGUCUGGUCAGAUCAUUCAGCGACUCCAAGUUCUACACGGUGGCGAGGAGACAUGUCCACCCUAUCAGCCCCAUCAGCAUCACCAAGUCUGAGUUCUCCAGCCGGAGAGGUUUUGAAGCAGCCAAGAUGUUCCUGAAGAGCCGAGAGGUCCCAGAUGUAUGGAAGAUGGACAUGAGUCAGAUCCUGGACUCAUCCUCCAGCGACGAUGAAGAUGAUGAUGAGGAGAAGGAGAGUGAUCAGGAGGAUGAGGAUGAAGACGAGAAGAAAAAGAAGAAGCUUAUAAAGGAUGAGCCCGAUGAAGAGCCAGACCCAGAGGAGAAGGACUACUUCCUGCAGCAGCUCUACAAGUUCAUGGAGGACAGAGGGACCCCUAUCAACAAGCCUCCAGUGUUGGGUUAUAAAGACCUGAACCUGUUCAAGCUCUUCAGACUGGUCUAUCACCUGGGAGGCUGCCACAAGAUCGAGUCCGGGACCGUGUGGAAGCAGGUCUACAUGGAUUUGGGGAUCCCUGUCCUGAACUCUGCUGCAUCGUACAACGUUAAAACGGCCUACAAGAAGUACCUGUACGGGUUUGAGGAGUACUGCCGCUCUGCCUCCAUCACCUUCAGGACCAUCCAUCACAACAACCCCCGCCCUCCUACCACAUCAGCCAGUCAGAAGACAGCAGGGGUGGAGCUUAACGAGUCCUCCACAUCACAGCUGAAGGUGGAGCCUGUUGAUGACAAGGGGGAGGAGGCAGAGUCAGAGAGCGAGAAGGAGGAGGUGAAGGAGCCACAGUUGUCCCCAAGGGGGAGGAGGAGGUGUGUGGGGGGUCAGGUGAAGCCCGAGAGAAGAGGAGGAGGAGGAGAGAACAGUGAAGAGCAGCGGGAAGUGAGGAGACGCAGCAACAGAAGAAUGGAUGACUCAGAGAAAGGCUCGGAGGAAGAGGAGGAGGACGAUGAUGAUGAAGAUGAGGAGGAGGAGGGGGAGAGGAGGAGAGGGGACCGGAGUGAGGACGAGGAGGAUGGAGAUUCUGUGACAGGGACAAAGGUCAGGGUGAAGUAUGGCAAAGGAAAGACCCAGAAGAUCUAUGAGGCUCACAUCAAGAAGACAGACAUAGACAAUGGAGAGCAGUUCUACCUGGUCCACUACUACGGCUGGAACGUCAGGUACGAUGAGUGGGUGAAGGCCGACAGGAUCAUCUGGCCCGUGGAGAAAGGAAUGAAGAAGCGACAGAGGAGGAAAGGGAAGCAGAACAAAGACAGGGAUGAGGUGGAGAAAGAUGAAGAGAAGCCGGCAGUGAUGGUGGUGGCAAAGCCGACAGGGGCGAGGCGUGGACGUCCUCAGAUCAGAACCACUCCGUCCAGCUCAGCAGGACGCAGCGUGUCCAAAACGCCGAGUAACGAGGGACAACCCAAUGGCAAGAGCAGCAGGAUGGCGGCGGCGUCCAACAUGGCCAAUGGAGACAACACUCCUCGCAGGAGAACCAGGAGAACCUCAGGCAUGUACGACUCUGACAUAGCGUCCAAUGAGGAUUCUGGGAACUCUUCAGAAGAAAGCGAAUCAGAAGACCCGCCUGAUCAAAAGCCUUCUCCAUGGCAAGGGAGGACUGAAGCCUCACCCUGCCAGGAGGAGGAGCCAGAGGAGGUGAAAGAGGAGGUGGCGAGUGAGGGCACUAAUAUCACAACACCUACUAACAACACUGUUGUUGCUAUGUCAACAGCAGGUCAGCUGCCUGUCGCCAGUGUACCGCCAUGUCCUAGCAUACCUCUUGACAACACUGAUGAAGUUGAGAGCCACUCAGAGAAGGAGGCAGAGCAGGGGGAGGAGCCUGUAGUUGAAGUCGUUACGCUGGCGGUUCAGGUGGACACGGAGGACAGAACGUCUCCGGAGCAAAAGACAACUCCUGUCCAAGAGAAAAACAAGACAUCUCCUGGACGAGAAGAGCUCAGAAAGACACCUCCCAGUAGGAUGUCUCCCCCCCCUGACAACUUCAACAAGAUGUCUCCUGCCACCGCAGACAAACACAAAAUGUCUCCUGAGAAGCAGCAGCACAUGUCCUCCCAUGUACCUGCUGCUGAGGAGGAAGAUCGCUCCACUCCUCUGUACCCCCCAAGGGCCAAAGGUCGCAGGGCCAACCUCAGGGAGGCUGGCUCUGAAACUCCUCCCAGAAUCCCCUUGCACACUGCCAGCCCCUCUCACACAGCGGCACUGUCAUCUGCUCCUCACAGCAUCUUGAAGAGACAGGACGAACCCAUGGUGGUCCUCUGCUGCCUCCCCACCCAGCACCUCCCUCUCGACUCUCCUGCAGUGGACUCUGACACUGACUCCGCCACCGAGGAAGAGGAGGUGGAGUUAUCUGAAGAGAGGAGCGGCAUGGUGCUCAAACGUAAGGCAGCAGAACAAAGAUCAGCUGACAAGAAGCUCCGCCCCGACAGGAGGCAGGAGGAGGCCGCUUCUCCCCAAACCCCGGCUGCCACACCCAAGAUAGCAGCAGGAGCUUCACCCAAAACCCUCUCCUCUCCACACCAGGAGUGGCCCUGUCCGGCAGAGGAGUUGCAGGUGGAGAUGUCAGAGGAGCACCUGACAGGUGGAGCCAUGAAGGAACCAGAGGUGCGUGCUAGGACACCCCCCCUUGCUCCGGAGGCCCCAGGCCCCUCCCCCUCUGAGGAGUUGGAGCUGCAGAUUGGCCCUGAGGCGCUGGUCUGCCAUGAGGUGGACCUGGAUGACCCAGAUGAGAAGGAGAAGCCCCCCUCCUCCUCAGAGCACCUCCUCAUGGUGAUGAGAGAGCAACAACAAGCCCCACCCCCACUGCCUCACCUCCUCCACACACCCCUCUCCUCCCAGCACACCCCUCACCUCUCCCAGCCUCAGGUCAGGCUUUUCCUUCCGACAACCUCCCCAAGCUCCACCCCUUGCCCUGAGGAGCUCCAUUCAGCCAGGAGCACUGUCAGUGACGACGGGGAAGCAGCCAGGGAGGAGCAAGAGGGAGACUCCAGUCCUGGGUUUGAUGGCAGCGCUUCCUCCUCCACCUCCCUGCUGUCACUGCAGGAGAGCAAGGACAGAGGGUCCAAUCGCAAACUGAUUUCCAACAAAGAAUUCGUGGAGGACGCUCUCGUGUGUCCAGACUCAUGGCUCCUUUCAGCAGCCUGCUCACUUCUCACAGCAAGAAUAAGAGUUUUGGGAUGUCCUUCAAGACGGCGGACUGGAACGGCUUCCAGGUCAAGUCAAAAGAGGGUGACGGACUGUAACUCCAGCCCGUUGGCCAAGAAGCAGAAACGCAACCAGAAACGACCAAACACACCUGGGAAGGUGGAAAAGAAUGGAGCAGGUGAAGUGUCAGAGCAUCACUGGUCACACUCAGUAAUGGGUCACAGCAGCGACAGUGAGGACCAGUCUCGUCUGACAUCUCUGCCCAAGUCUCACAAGCCCCGGUGUCCUGGGCUGUCGUCUCCAACCUCUCACAGUAAAGACAAGCAGAACGUCCCCUCCCCUCAGCGCACAUACAAGUGGACCUUCCAGCUCGAUGAGCUGGACAGCAUGUCGAGCACAGACAGAAUCUCCUUCCUGCAGGACAAGCUGCAGGAGAUAAGGAAGUACUACAUGACCCUGAAGUCAGAGGUCGCCUCUAUCGACAGACGCAGGAAGAGACUAAAAAAGAAGGAGAGAGAAGUGUCGAACACGACGGCGUCGACCUCGACCUCGUCCGGCUCCUCCGACACAGGUAUGAGCCCGUCCUCAGCCUCGCCAACUCAGAACACUGUUGCUGUGGAGUGCAGGUGAUGACACGCCUACCCAGACCCCACCCACUUGCACACACGCCACCUGCUCUGCCUGCCCCCUCCAGCCACAGACAGAGACGAUGGGGGAACGCCCCACCCCCUCACCUGUGGACUGAAAAUUAGCUCGCCAUCUGUUCAGCCACCGCAGAUCACUUCCUUCCUCUGGUGCGUCCUCAGUACUUCUGCUUAGUUGACUUCAAAAUAAAGGUGGUUUUUUGGGGGGUGUAGUUGGGGUCAGAGGUCAGCUGUGAAAGCAGCAGGUUCCUGAAGCAGCACCCCCCCCCCCCGAGUGUUUCUGGUCUUUUUAUAUGGAAUCAGAGAUUUUAUUUUGGUAAAAGCAAAAAAAAAAAAUAUUUCCAAAAGUGUGUGACGUCACAGCGAGCGAAAAUCAAAUGUUUGUAGAAAUUAAGUUUUUGGGUUAUUUUGUGUAAAAUAAUUAAAAAGAAGCUUCUGCUGCUUGUUAAUAUUUAUUUGGUCAGUGGACAUAAAAAAUGUUUCUAAUGUGUGUUUGUAAAAUCAGUACUGCCAGCAAGAGUGGAAGAAACUGAUGAAUGUUAGAAAUGGUACAAAGUACUCAUGGGAAGUCAGGACUGGGAGACCAGGCCAACGAUACCUCCAGGAAAUCUCACAGUUGAGUUGGAAUUAAAAGGAUUCAUGUAAGAAAUCGUAUUGAAGCAUAACUUUGAGACGUGGUCAUCUUCACUUAUGAUUUACGGUCUCGUAUUGCGACUCGCUAGAUCUCGUUUCCAUUUCAAAAGUCCUGAUUUGGACUUGAUUGUUAAAUUUCUGACCUAACGUCUCAUAAAUGUAACUUUUGGUUUUGAACAUUUAUGACGGUGAAGCUCAAACAGAAACCCGUCGUGUUUCCCUCGGUGAUUUAAAUUAACUCUUUAAUCUCUGGAUUUUGAACUGAACUUGUAACUGUUUGUCUCAUAGUAAUCGGUGUGAUUUCACAUCACCGUGUUCAGGGAAACUGACUUUGUCAUCAUUGUGACUAAAAGUUAAAUCAAAUUUUUUGUUAGGAUUUUGAUUUUUACUUUUUACCUGGAAUUCAGACAUGUAAUGUUUGAACUGGAUUAAUAAUUUUGGCUUAAUUGAAAUUAUGACGUUUCAUCACAGUUCUGACUUGAGGAGUCAUGAUUUUAAACGUCGGAUUCGAUUUAGUGUUCAGAACAACGAGCUUAUGAUUUUAUAUCUGCUCAUUGUCACAGUCGAUGUCAUAACUUUGAUUUGCUACAUCUAAAUUAUUUUAUUAAAUGACCUAAACAUGCACGUUUGAAUUGGACUCGUAAUUUAGAUUGAAACGUAUUGUGAAUUUGAAAUUUGAUUUAUAAAGCUAUCAAAUUAUCUUUAUGUGUAACUUGUGACAGUGAUUUUAAACGGGUCCACCUUAUGGAUCACUGAACGCUGGUGUCACAGUUUGGCUUCAUGUCCUGUCUGAUCUUCCCAUGAGUAUCUUGAUUUGCAUCCUUUCUGCCAUGGAAUCAGUUGUUGUUCUGAGCCUGGCUGAGCUGAUCUUCCACAUCCUGGGUCUCUGAGUUCAGCACUGACGGAGGAUUUCUGCUGCACCACCACCCCCCACCCCUGCCAGACUCUUCUUCAGUGGUGUCCUCUGUAUUUGUGGCAGGACGGACGGCUCCUGGACAUUUCUUUUUGUACAUAAAACGCUCUCGAGUAAAGAAAAGACUAAACCCACACCCUGUCCUGGAGAACUGCAUUUUACACGCCUGUAAAGAAUGAUUUAUAAUAUUUUUUAAGAAAAGACUUUGUACUGUUGUAUUAUGAGCUCCUCAGUUUGGUUCCUAUGUAGUGACUUACCAGCGGUGGUGUCGAGAGCGACGACUGUAAAUAGACGAACACACACUUCCUGACAACAGAAGCCAUGCUGGGACUGUGCACAACAAGCAGAGCUCUGUUUCUAAUAAAGUUUUAAAUAUGUUUCCACUC